AUGCUUAGCAUAUCAACACUCCCCAGCUCGGCGCCUUUCCUCCUGCCUCAAAUCGACCUUGAUAUCACGUUUUCUGGCAGUUCCCGAGAGAGUCUGGAAACGCUGAAGUUCUCAAUGACGGAAAAGAGGCCCAAGUUGUCUCUCCAGACUUCGGGACUCACGCCCACAUGCACUGCGUCCGUCAGCCAUUACGGCUCUUCCACCGCCAAAUCUAGUACUACGCCUACCACUUCAAACACUUUUGCCAAUACCUUUGAACUUGCCCUUCGUCCGUCACCAGCCUCCGCUGUCUCUUCACCUGCAGUAUACCCACAACAAAGAACAAGCUGUCAACAGCCAUCAUCUACUACAACCUCGGAAGAUCAACCCUACACCCUGAAUCUACCCUUUGGUGUGCGUUCAAUCUUAAAGAAUGGCCCUCUUCCAAAAGACAUCCGUCGAGUCCCAGGCUGCUCCGCCAGCCCAUCCCCAUGGGGCACCGGGAGGCGGGUUUUCUUCCCGGCUGCAAAGAAGGUGACAUUCCGAACGAUCUUGGAGGAGGAGAUCGUCACAAAGGAUUACGUGAGAUGCCAUGCGGAUCUGAGCUCGUCUGACGAUGAUGAUGACGCUUGUAUCUCGUCUUCUGAGUCCGAGGAGAUGCACAUCCACUUCGUCCAAGACAGGAAGAACAAACCGGAUGGACGGAGGUUCCCAACUCAUAUUGGUGGAUCAUCUUCCCCGUCGGGGAGGAAAAGAAAGUCCUUGACGUGUCCUGCUGCUCUUGCGGGGCAAGAUUGGACCGCAAGGAAAGGCGACAGGUCAAAAGGCAGGGCUGCUCGUAAGAUGAGGCGGAAGAAGAGAAGAUGGGAAUGGAGUGCAGAUCUGACCCCGUUCAUCGAUGGCGCACCAGCUCAGACCGAGUUUGAGGCUUUCAUAGGCGAUGAGACUAUGACGGGCUCACAGGCAACUGAAGAUGCGCAUGUCGUCUGCCUAUAUCCUCCUGACCCUGUUGUAAGCCAGUUGUAG